AUGCUGUCUCAGAGCGGACACGAACCCGGGACCGUGGGGUUUCGCCAUUUUCUAGAACUUCCAGUGGCAGAUUCUAUCCGUUUUGUUCCUGCUGGAAAGCCAAGGCCGCCCCCCGAGCUUUUACACCUGUCUACUCUCCCUGCUGUUGAGGCGGAUUAUUUUUUGGAGCACUAUCAUGAACCUUACUCUCACUGCCACGAUGGCACUAUACACGAUCGGAGGAAAUUGAUCACUGGUGAACCCAUCGCCUGGAAAAAGAUCGGUCUCCGGGGGAUCAGUCUCAAAUACCUGAUUGACCGUCUUGCUGCCCUGAAGAAGCUGCGUCAGGAGAUACUGUAUGAGAACACGCAGAGGACGAUACUUGACGCUGAGAGCAUGCAGGAACUCGACAAGGAUUUAUUUAUCAACCUUCUUCAUCCGCCAUCGCGUCACAUGCUCAGCGAUCUUGACGAUCGCCACGGCAUCAAAGCGGGAAUCAAAGCGCUCACCAUGAUCCUGGCCACUCCAGGAGCCUGGAUUGAUUUUAGUCUCGUUGAGUGGCGUCUCCGUAUUGGUCAAUUACUGUGGGAAUCACCUCCACAUGUGGAUGCAGACUUCUUCAACCCCAGUGCAGGCCAAAAGCCCAUGGCCCAUUCAGUACUGGAGCAGAAAUGGUUCCUCGUUCAGAUGCUUCUUGCCGCAGAAUUGCUUCUUCGUCUGGAUGCCGUCGUCGGGGUUGGAUUCGUUGAACUUUCCAAGGACGUGCAUGUCGCAAUCAGGGACAUUUAUCAUUUCGAUAAGCUGCGUACCCCGAAGGUCGAUUGGGAUUUAGUGACGGUGCGUCGGUUUCUUGAUAGCUUCGACUUUUCCUGGAGCGGCCCGGAUCCAGAAUCGAUGCCAAACGCCCUCUCACAAUCACCUAGUCACGAGAAGGGGGCUGGCAAGGGCAACGAAAAGGCUCAUCAUUUCUCCUUCUUUGAAAGUAUCACCCGCAGACAUUCGACUCCGGCCGUACCCCGUAUCGAGCCAGAAGGGCAAUGCAAACUGGUUCCCAACCAUAUUGAACGACAAGUCCACGGAUUGUUGAUGUUCGCGGAAACCAUCGGGUGGCCUACUACUGCAUCAAUCAAGGAAAGACUAGAUCUGAUACUGCAGACUGGCGGAUCUGGUCAGGGAAUCAAGGAUAUCUUCAGCACACCUGUGCGAAAUGUUUUGCCCGAGCACUAUGCGACGAUUCUCGGAAACAAAGAUACUUGUCAGACGACUUCUAUCCGUCGGCUUGUGGCCCUUCACUGUCCUCCCACUGAUCAAUCGACCUUAAGGAUUGGCGGCUGGAUGACUCGAAGCUGGCUUUCCGGAUUUGUCCCCCCGGGCGAUGUGAUCAAUCAUCUGCUCAUAGCGACGUUGGUGGAGAAUGAUUCGGAGGCGAUGGCUAAGCUUGGUCCGAUAGCUAACCUCCAUGGCGGCUUCAUCUACAGUGGGAAGAGCUGGUGGAGUCAGGAAUGCAUCGUUGGCCGCGUUCUUUCAUCCUUGCCUGGUACCAGGGCCUGUAUGGGGUGGCUCGGCAGCACGGUAACUCCCAGAGAAUGUCACACACUGAAGACAUUGGACGAUACCUGGCUCGAGGUGGUUGUCAAGGAGCCUCCAGCGGCCGCAGGAAGACCGCGCAUCAAUCAGGGAAACAAAGUAUCGAUCGACUCGACACCACUUGGUCGGGGGUCAUUGACAAGUGAUGAGUUUACUUUACCUCUAGACGCUCCAUACGAUAGGAGGUCACAAGUAGAGGUCAAUUUUGAAGCCUUGACCUUCUCUACAAGAGAACCUGAGCGACAGAAUCAAGGCCCGGUUACAGCGGCUCGCAAGGCAACCAUGUCUUUUAAGCUGGUCCCCGCCAGCGAAGGCCGCUCUUUUGAUAUCUGUUGGCCGUUGACCUAUAAUGUGCAUUUUAUCGCUUCGCAUGCGUGUCGGUUACCCCCCGGGCAGGCCGCCUGUCCUCAUCCUGCAUCCACUGGCACAGAUUGCCAUGAGCAAUCCUUGUCUCCUGCUCAGAUUUUCGCUCAGAAGCACGGACGACUUCCAGGACAUCCUCUGCCAAAGUCAUACAAACACAAAUUUCUUGCGCUUGAUAGGCUGCCCAGCCCCGAGGACUGUGUGAAGGCCAAGCCCUCUGCACAUGCCGGUUCUGGCACGGCUGUGGAUGAGGUGUUGAUUGUCGAUGCUCGGGGAUCUCCCGAGAGAGAGGUAUUGGCAAGAUCGUGGUGUGCUUCCGUCGGUUUCAAUGCUAUCGUGGGCCGGACCUGGCGGACAUGCAUAGCCUGCUGCAUUAGAGAAGCUCGAGCUCUUGGGGUUGAGGUGGUCAUUCGCAUCGGCGAUGAUGAAAUACGCCAACAACACCAUCUGAUAGACUGA